UAGUUGAAGUACUAGGAGAAGAAGCACAACAAGAAGAAGAGUAGUGAAACAGGAAUAACGGCCUGACUGACGCAGUUAGUUGGAUGGAAUGGGAUUUACCGGAAAGUAAUGGUUAACUGUAACGGACUUUGGAUGCUGCCGCCUCCUCUGCUGUACAAGGUCUUUGUUUUGAAUGCGGAUAACAGGCAGUAGUGCCGCGUAGCUGCUCCGUGCUGUUAGCUCCCACACUGUUGUUUUAUUUCGUUAAGAGGAAUGCCACGGCCGCCGAGCUCCUCUUCCCUUUAAUCUCGGUCUACGAACAUGAACUCCAUUUUUACGACGAAGCAGUUUUAAAAACAACCCGUUAAAAAAACAACAGUUAUUGUAGUCAUGGCGACCGACCUUUUAAAGACGUUUGUACAGAUGUGUAAUUAUCUCCAAGACCCCCGCCAUGUAGCGAGGUUUCAAAAAGUGUGCGGCGUUAAAGGGACAUUUCCGGUUAAACCGAGCGAGCCGGACAGCGGGGAGUCGGAGCCUGAAAGCCCCGGGCUGAGGAAGAGGGGACCGGACAGUAGUGUUGUGAAUGGAGCAGCCGGGGAUGCGAAGGGGAUGCAGGGUGACAUUACAGCCGGGCCUGAGGCUCCGUCCGUCGACCCGGACACAACCAGAGCGAAACCCCUGCGGAAAAACUCCCUGACCGGAGACGUGGGUCAGGAGUUCCUCAUCCACAACAAGUUUCUGUUUUACCUGUUCACGUUUGGGACGGAGCUGGGCAACGAGAUGUUCUUCAUCGUCUUCUUCCCCUUCCUCUUCUGGAACAUCGACGCCCUGGUCAGCCGGAGACUCAUCGUGGUCUGGGCCUGGAACCUGUUCGUGGGACAGUCCACCAAAGACAUGGUCCGCUGGUCCCGGCCCGCGUCCCCUCCUGUGGUCAAGGUGGAGGUCUUCUACAACUCCGAGUACAGCAUGCCGUCCACGCACGCUAUGACGGGGACAGCCAUACCCUUCUGUCUCUUCAUGCUCACCUAUGGACGGUGGCAGUACUCCUUCCUCUUCGGCUUCAGUGUGGCCCUCAGCUGGAGCGUCCUGGUCUGUGUCAGCAGAGUCUACAUGGGGAUGCAUUCUAUUCUGGAGGUAAUCACUGGGUUCCUGUACAGCCUUCUUAUUCUAGCCUUUUUCCACCCACUUUUGGAGACGAUUGACAGCUUCUACAUGACGGACCACUUUGCUCCACUUGUGAUUAUCGUGUCACAUGUGAGCCUGGGACUUGUGGCUUUCUCUCUGGACUCCUGGAGCACUUCACGGGGCGACACAGCUCAGGCUCUUGGCACUGGGGUAGGGGCUGCCAUCGGCACCCACGUGAACUACCAGCUGGGUCUGCUGCUGGACCCCCCGCUGUCCUCCCUUCCUCUAACUUUACCACCCAUCAGCUUCAGUUUGGUAUUCCUCUCCCUGCUGCGCUUCGUCAUCGGUGUUGCCGUCAUCCUCGUCACAAGAAUGGUCAUGAAAGCAGUGACUAUCCCGUCCUUAUGUCGACUGUUCGGCCUGCCAACAGACGACGUGAGACAGGCGCGGCAGCACAUGAAAGUAGAGCUGCCGUACCGUUACAUCGUCUACAGUGUUGUUGGUUUUAGCUGUGUCAGUGUGGUGCCUCUCUUCUUUAAGAUCUUCAGCCUUGCCUGAGUGUUGUGUGCUGCUGACAUGUGACAGGUGAAGAGCACUGGGAAACCUGCUGCUUGCUUUAAAAGCUCUUUUUCUGUACAGCAGAAAUUAAUUUAAAGGAUAGUGGUGAUAUUCUAUAUGUUUAGUUUUGUCAAUAUCCAUCAGUGCUCCAUUGUUGACUUCUGAAAUACACAUCAACAAGCCAAACUGUUGCACAUCAUUAUAAUGAGCAUGGGCAUUGUAGUUCGGCUCCUGCAGCCAGUGAACCAAAUGAUUAUCAGUUGGUGACUGAAAAUGAACACGGCUAAUACAGUAUUUCAUCCUGUUCAUAUUAAUGGACAAGCCGUUUUAGGCAUUAUUUCCUCUUUUAAAAACCAACCAAUGGGCUCGGAUCCCAGAACAACAGACUGACAGAAGUUGGAAAGUAUCAAAAGAAGACUAAAGCAUUAUCGGUCUUGGUCUCUUUUGGGGGGAUUUGUUGACAAAAACGAAACCAUAAAGAGCAUCACCUGCCUCGUCCUUUUAGAUCCAGGUCGACUCAUUUAGGGGUAUACUGGAACUUUGCAAUUAUGAAAAUCUAUCAAAUGUGAUGUUUUGGUGCUUGUAAUCAUAUUGAUGAGAAAUCUGUUGUACAUUUACUUCAUUGAUCAAAAUCUAUAUAUUAACAUGUUAUCGGAGAGUUCAAUGCUCUAAGAAUAAACCAAACCAUGAAUCAGUAACGUUUGAAGUCACCUCACUUCUCUUUUGUCACUGUCCCGAAUUCAACCUGAAUUCAUUCAAAUACUCAUUUUAGCUUACCGUGACGGUUCUCGCUUUUGUAUUAUAACGCCUUUUCAGCAUUAUGUCAUCGCCAUGGUCAUCGCCCACUCUUUGUACAUUUUUUGGGCUCAAGAGUAAGUUGUGUGCUAAAAAUAAUAAUUUGAUAAUCAUACAAAACAAUUACAUUUUUUUUGUAUAAAUUAUUUUGCCACCUUUACUUACUUGGGCUGUAUUCUUGCUCUAUAGAAAUACAUUCUAAAUCUAUAUUCAUACUUGAUUUCUAAGAAAUAAUAUUCAGGCAACAAACACUGACCCUAAUUCUGAAUGUUUUAAUUGUGUAUUUGUUCUUAAUUGUUUAUUGUUCAGAUAUUGAUUUGCUUUAUUAUUCAUGUCAUGACAUUAAUGCCCAAGCAUUUAUUCUUACAGUACCGUAUAUCCUUAGUACAAUAUGUAUAGGUCUAUUAUAACCAUCCAUUCCCACACCUUUUUCUAGUAUUCAAGGACUUUCAUUUGGUGAAAAUAUUGAAACAAGGAGAAUAAAACAUUAAGAAAAC